AACGUUUACCAAAGGGGUUUAGUAGCGAAAAAUGUGAAAGCGUCAGACAUUUUGAAAGAUCAUAGUUCAUACUGCGAUGUCGAGAAGGAAGUGAAAAAGUUUGACGGCAUCACAUUGGCCUAUGUAACUCCGUGGAAUAACCAUGGGUAUGACAUAGCAAAGAUAUUUUCACACAAGUUCACCUAUGUGUCACCAGUUUGGCUGCAGAUAGUUAGGAAAACUACCAACAACUACGAAAUUAAGGGCAAACAUGAUAUUAAUUCUGUCUGGGCUGCUGAAGUUGCAAGAUCAGGGAGCGUUGCUAUUGUACCCCGGAUAAUAUUUGAUGGAUGGACUAGCGCCGACAUGCAGACGUUUUUCUCCACUGAAAGUGAAAUGGGCGCCUGCAUUGAGUCAAUCAUUGAUAUUACUGUUAGGAAGAAUUUCGAUGGGGUAGUAAUUGAACUAUGGUCACAAAAUAUGGGAAGAUAUAAGGAUGAGACCAUCCAUUUCAUGGGCCACUUGCACCAGGCUAUGAGGGAACUCAAUAAGAAGAUAAUUCUGGUACUACCACCGCCAAUAACCAGGGGAAACAUAAAAAGUGGCGUUCUGACCCAGUUAGAUUUCAGUAGGUUGAUAAAAUUUGUAGACGCCAUAAGCCUUAUGACGUACGACUAUUCUGAGCCGUCGAGACCAGGUCCGAACAGUCCAAUAAACUGGGUAGAAGCGUGUGUGGACUUCCUCGAACCGAACAUUUCUUCUCCUAUUAGGAAGAAGAUCCUAAUCGGUCUGAAUUUCUACGGCUACCAGUUCUCGAACCACGCCACGUUUCACGCCGUCAUGGGAAAGCAAUACUUAGAGAUACUAUCCGCCCACAAGCCCAAGAUACAUUGGGAGAAUUCCACGGCGGAGCAUUAUAUUAAAUACAGGGCGAAAUCGAAUGACUACCUGCUUUACUACCCCACACUGCUCUCCAUCGACAUGCGCAUACGAUUGGCCAAAAAAUUAGGGGUAGGGAUAUCCAUAUGGGAAAUAGGUCAGGGCCUGGACUACUUCUAUGACCUACUUUGA